CCACCACUACCACCACUACCACCACUACCACCACUACCACCACUACCCUCCCUAACCCUUCCUUCCUUUUCCUCGACAAGAAAAUCUUCCACCUAAACCGACAGUUCAAUCUCUCUCCAUGGGCCUUCGCCAGCAAUAAACCGGCUGCCAGCAAGCAAGACUCUGACCUGGCCGCGCGAGUGUCCGCACAACCACCAUCACCUCACUCCCUCGCCAGACGACUACAACACUCCCUCGCCAGACGACUACAACACUCCCUCGCCAGACGACUACAACAACCACCAUGACAAACAACAACCGCCACUCCAUCAUGUCCCUCGGCUCCAUGGGCGGCGCCAUACGAGGCCCCCCCCGCAACUCACCCGGCCAGCAGUCCUCCCAGGUCUCCACGACCACCCUGCUCAACGCCCUCCACAACACCUACACCUCGUCCCAGCCCUACCAGCUGGAUGCCAGCACGAGCCUCGUGGUCAACACCUGGCUGACGGCUACGCAGGUCGAUCAUAAUGGCGGGUCCGGCGGGGUUGUGGACGCCGCUCUGGCGGCGAGAGCCUGGGAGCAUGCCAGGAGACGGGCGGAGGAUGGGUGUAUCAUGCUCGGAUACCUCCACGAAUCCGCCCCCUCCGUCAUCGUCCCUUUCCUCUCCACCCUCCCCCUCAAGAUGCCCGCAUCACUCUACACGGCCCUCAACGUCCUCCGCCCCUUCACCCACGCCGUGACGCCCCAAAACGGGUCCACGCCCCUCCACUCCGCCCUCGGCGUCACCCUCACCCUGACCCUCGACGGGCACCUCACCGGCGCCGCGCUCGCCCUGUCCCGGGGCGGCAUCGACACCGCGCGCGGCCUGCUCAAUGUCCCCGCCGCCCCGGGCCACCGCGCCUUCGACGUCUUCUACUACCUCCUCACCUCCGCCUCCACGGCUGCCGAGCGGGAGUUCCUCGGUCUCAAGGCCCCGUCCACGUAUGCCCUGCUCUCGCGCUCGGGCACGUACGAUCCGCCUCCCUACGUCCCUACUGCUGAUGACUCGGCGGCGGCGGAGGACUUCCGCGCGGGUCUCAAGGAGAUCGGGAUUAAGGGCUCCGCGCACCGGAAUCUGCUCUCUAUGCUUAUCGGGAUCUUGAAGCUGGGCGAUUCGCUGAGCUUCAACCUCGAUGGCGAUGCGCUCGAGGAGGUCUGCGAGGAUAUUGGAGGCUUGCUUGGGCUUGACCCGGAACUGCUGGCUUCGAAGUGCUCGACUGCGGAGAGGGAGACGUUAGUCGGCGCACUGUACGAGGCGGUGGUGGAUUGGGUGGUUUCCAGGGCGAACUCGGCCAUUGCGUCUGAGAUGCUGAGGAUUAGGAAUGUGGAUGACUCGAGUGAUGGCGAGAGGACGCCAGGCACAGACGAGGAUAGCGGGGAUACGGUGUGCAUCACCGUUCUCGAGGUGCCGGGCGUGGCGCUCGGCAAGGCCGCGGCGAUGAGGGGUGUGUUUGACGACACCCAAGGCAUCAACGCCGAGAUGAAGGAGGACGGCGUGGAUAUCGUCGCUGCUGGAUCCUCGGUGCUCCGCGAGAUGGAGAAUGCCGUCUCGGAAGUCGGACCGGAGCUAGGCAUCAUGACCGGGCCCCCCGGCCGGGACCGCGAGCACGCCCGCGACCGCCGCGAGGCCGUCCUCGAGAAAGUCGGUCGCGAAGGCGAGGAAGACGGUUUCCUGAAGACCAUCAUCUUCCCCGUCGAUGGCGAGGGCGUCAACCUCGGCCGCCAGGGCCGCCUCGACCUCACCACCGUCCUCGGCAGCAGCAGGGUCUGGUACCACCUCUCCCUGCACCCCGUGGACGACGCGCCCGCCUCCCUCGUCUCCCUCCCCUCCACCACCUCCGCCUGGUCCGCAGGCACCAUGUCGCGCCAGCUGCGCGCGUGGCGCCUGCCCGAGUGGGCGAACCGACGCACGAAGAACCUGGAUUUCACGGCCGAUUUCGACCAUGAUGAGUUCGCGGUCCGCUACGCCUCGCUCGGAUGCAAGGAUGGCCGCGAUGGCGUCGAGUCCUGGGUCCUGGAGCGGGGGUGGACGAACGGCGAGGUCGUCGUGGGGCGCGAGCGCGUGUGGAUGCGUGAGGGCGCUUGGUGGGAGGCGGAGAGUAUGUUUGAUCUCACCCCUACCCAGGCGGGUGGCGAGUACGGCGUCCUUGGCGACCUGCUGGGUGCUGGGGGGUUCGAGUCGGGAUACCCGGCUGGGGGGAACGAUGCGAGUGGGUUCUUCAAUGCCGCGCCUUCCGAGCUGCAUCACCAGGAUAGCAGGGAGGGGUUCCUGCAGCCGGGUGAUGGCGGGGCGAGGGCCAAGAGCGUGUUUGGCGCGCAGUCGAAGGCGCCGACGCGGGCCCAGGGCGCGGGGGAUUAUGGGCUGGGAUUCAAGGGGGAUAACACGCAGGGGCAUGUGGAUUAUGACAAUGAGCUGGGCGAGUUUGUGGAUAAUCUCGAUCCGGAGCUGGCGAAUCCCCGGGCGGUCGUGACGGAUAAGGUUACGUUCAGUCGCAGGCUGUGGGUGGGCAUCGUGUGGGCGCUUACGUUCUGGAUUCCCUCGUUCAUGCUGCGCCAUGUUGGGCGCAUGAAGCGGCCCGAUGUGCGCAUGGCGUGGCGCGAGAAGGUGGUGUUGGUUUUCAUCAUCUUCCUCAUCAACGGCAUCAUCGUCUUCUACAUUGUGGUGUUUGGGCGGCUGCUGUGUCCGAACUUCGACAAGGUCUGGGACACGGCGAACGUCGCGACGCAUCAGGGGGAUAAUGAUUUCUGGGUCAGCAUCCAUGGCAAGGUGUAUGAUAUCUCGAAUUUCUGGAAGCAGGAUCAUGGGACGACGUCGAGGCCGGUGCGGAGCUCGGAUAUGGGACAGCUGAGGGGGCUGAAUCUGGAUGCGUAUUUCAUGCCGCCGUUGACGUUUUCGUGCCCGGAUGUCGUUACCGAUCCGUUGGUUUAUGUUAUGCAGAAUGGUACGCAGUCAGCGUUCAGCUGGGCGCUGCAUGAUUCUGGACCGUUCAGGGAUAGCUCUACCACGGAUAAGAUGCACCUUCAGGACUGGUACCAGGCGACGUUCCUGCCGCGCAUGAAGGAGUACUACAAGGGCCACCUCGUCACCAAGGCGGACUUAGUCAAGUCGGAUGGCUCGGAUAAUAGCCAUUACUGGUUCAUCAUCGACGGCGCCAUCUACGAUCUCAACAACUACUUCUACACCCUCCAUACGAUGGGCGGCCAAGCCCUCUACGACUACCUCAACCCCGGCUUCUCGACCAUGGUCAAGAACAACCCGGGCCAAGACCUAACCGGCGCGUACGCCCAGCUCCUCGCCACAGCCACCAGCGACGCCGAGAGCACCUCCAUCAAGAACAGCUUCAACUGCGUCAAGAACACCUUCUACAUCGGCAUCCCCGAUUUCCGCUGGACCCCACGCUGUCAAGCUAACAACUACAUCCUCCUCGCCUUCACCAUCAUCCUGUGCAUGGUCAUUGGUGUCAAGUUCCUGGCUGCGCUGCAGUUCGGGUCGAAGCGAAGGCCGGCGGCGCAGGAUAAAUUCGUUGUUUGCCAGGUUCCCGCGUAUACGGAAGGCGAGGAGUCGCUGCGCAAGGCGCUUGAUUCGUUGACGGCGCUGCAGUAUGAUAAUAAGCGCAAGCUCCUCUGUGUUAUCUGCGACGGCAUGAUUGUCGGUGGUGGCAACGACCGCCCCACCCCGAAGAUCGUCCUAGACAUCCUAGGCGUGGACCCGAAGAUCGACCCCCCCGCCCUCCCCUUCCACUCCGUCGGCCAAAGCGGCGAGCAGCUCAACUACGGCAAAGUGUACUCCGGCCUGUACGAGUUCGAGGGCAACGUCGUCCCCUACCUCGUCAUCGUCAAAGUCGGCAAGGAAUCCGAGCAAUCCAAAUCCAAGCCCGGCAACCGCGGCAAGCGCGACUCCCAAAUCCUGCUCAUGAGCUUCCUCAACCGCGUGCACCACCGCUCCCCCAUGAACCCGCUCGAGCUCGAGAUGUUCCACCAGAUCAACAACAUCAUCGGCGUCGACCCGGAGCUGUACGAGUACCUGUUCAUGGUUGAUGCGGAUACGAGCGUGAGGGAGGAUUCGCUGAAUCGCCUCGUCGCGGCGUGCGCGAAUGAUGCGAGGAUUGCGGGGGUGUGUGGGGAGACGAGUUUGGAGAAUGAGGAGAAGAGCUGGUGGACGAUGAUUCAGGUCUAUGAGUACUUUAUUUCGCAUCAUUUGGCGAAGGCGUUUGAGUCGCUGUUUGGGAGUGUUACUUGUUUGCCUGGAUGUUUCACCAUGUACCGCCUCCGCACCGCUGACAAAGGUAAGCCCCUCCUCAUCUCCGACGCCAUCGUCAGCGAAUACGCCGACUGCGACGUCGACACGCUCCACAAGAAGAACCUCCUCUCCCUCGGCGAGGACCGCUUCCUCACCACCCUAAUGACCAAGCACUUCCCCUACAUGUCGUACAAAUUCAUCCCCGACGCCUACGCCAGCACCGCCGCACCCGACACCUGGUCCGUGCUCCUGUCCCAGCGUCGUCGCUGGAUCAACUCUACGAUCCAUAAUCUGGCCGAGCUGGUGCGUCUCAGGGAGAUGUGCGGAUUCUGCUGCUUCAGUAUGCGUUUCGUCGUCUUUAUCGAUCUUUUCGGAACCAUUAUCUUGCCCGCCACGUGCGUGUACCUGGUCUAUCUCAUCACGACCGUCGCGCUCGGGAAAUCCCAAUUCCCGCUCAUCUCCAUCAUCAUGAUCGCCUGCGUCUACGGUUUACAAGCCAUUAUCUUCAUCCUCAAGCGGCAGUGGCAGCACAUCGGCUGGAUGAUCAUCUACAUCCUCGCCUUCCCCAUCUACUCCUUCGUGCUCCCCGUCUACUCCUUCUGGAACCAGGACAACUUCACCUGGGGCUCCACGCGCAUCGUCAUCGGCGAGUCCGGGGAUAAACGCCUCGUCGCCAUCGAUGAUGAUGGCUUCGACCCGCGCUCUAUCCCGCUGCAGCGCUGGGACGAUUACGCAGCUGCCAACGCCCUACCGGGGCGCCGCGCGGCGGGGUUGGAGAAGUUGGAGAAUCCGUAUGAUGAUGCUUAUGAGAUGGAUGAUUUCCGCUCUGUGUACUCGUCUGUCAAACCCGCUUCGACCAUGGGCUUUGGAGGCGGUGGGGGGGUGCCGGGGCGGCGUUUCAUCCCGCCGCCCCUCCCGUCGCCGUAUGGAGCGGGGCAGCAGGGGCAGGUUAGUAGACAAUCUGUCUUCUCGACAUCGCCGUAUGCGGAUCAGCCACAGCAGGUGACGAGGCGGCCUAGUAUGCUUUCCCUCGGCUCGCCGAUGGAGAAUCCCUAUGCGGCCGGGGGGGCGCGACCGAACACGAUUCACGUCUCCACCCUUCCUUCAUCCGAAAACCUACUCGGGGGGAUGGGUUCCCCAUCUCCCGGUCCUGGUGCUAGGGGGAACAGAAACACGAUAGGUUACCCGAUGGGUGGUGCAGGCCCCGCACCGGGUGGACCGAGCGAUGAAGCGGUUGUUGAGGCGAUAAGGGCGUGUUUGGCGGAUGUGGAUCUGGAUACUGUGACGAAGAAGCAGGUUAGGGCGCUGGUGGAGCAGAGACUCGGGGGGGGCGUUGGGGGGGUGGAUAGGAGGGCGUUUGUGGAUCGGGCUAUUGAUGGGGAGUUGGCUAAUAUGUAG